AUGGUUAUCCAAUACAGUAAGACCAUGAAGGUCCAUAAUGAAACAAGAAAGUUCAUCAAUUAUAACGAUACUUACUUCACUCAACCAUCAAAGAAGCAAAAGCUGAAGGGUGACACUUUUAAAAGCUCUGUCAGAGGAAUCACAAAGACCACUCGUCUCGGAAUUGUUGGCAAGUUUCGAAAACGUCGUUGGGUGAAAACUUUAGAGGCUCAUCAAAAAAGAGUAGAUAUAAUUGUGAAUUUUGUGGCCAAUCCUGUUAGAGACAGGCUUGCCCAAGCUCAGUAA